AUGGAGCGCCAGCGCUGGCUGCCACUGGAGACCAACCCCGAGGUCACCAACCAGUUUCUCAAACAAUUAGGUCUACAUCCUAACUGGCAGUUUGUUGAUGUAUAUGGAAUGGAUCCUGAACUCCUUAGCAUGGUACCCAGACCAGUGUGUGCAGUGUUACUUCUCUUCCCAAUUACAGAAAAGUAUGAAGUAUUCAGAACAGAAGAGGAAGAAAAAAUAAAAUCUCAAGGACAAGAUGUUACAUCAUCAGUAUAUUUCAUGAAGCAAACAAUCAGUAAUGCCUGUGGAACCAUUGGACUGAUCCAUGCUAUUGCCAACAAUAAAGACAAGAUGCAUUUUGAAUCUGGAUCAACCUUGAAAAAAUUCCUGGAGGAGUCUGUGUCAAUGAGCCCUGAAGAACGAGCCAGAUACCUGGAGAACUAUGACGCUAUUCGAGUUACUCAUGAGACCAGUGCCCAUGAAGGUCAGACUGAGUCCUCCUCGCCAUCCUCAUCACAGCCUCAUUGUAGCCACUGCAGAACGAAGGCCUCAUCAUUGUGUCACCAUGCAUCCCUGCCCUGGGUCAAACAUAACCAUGUAGACCCUGCAAAGGCUACCAGUCCAUCUCUCCGUCUUCGUCGCUGGCGACCCUUCUUACGCCUACCAUCUUUGGGUCUCCAUUCUGUUGCACCAAGUAUAGAUGAAAAAGUAGAUCUUCAUUUUAUUGCAUUAGUUCAUGUAGAUGGGCAUCUCUAUGAAUUAGAUGGACGGAAACCAUUUCCAAUUAACCAUGGUGAAACUAGCGAUGAAACGUUAUUAGAGGAUGCCAUAGAGGUUUGCAAGAAGUUUAUGGAACGUGACCCUGAUGAACUGAGAUUCAAUGCUAUUGCUCUUUCUGCAGUGUAAUGUGUUCGUAAUGGAAACACCAAAUACUGUAUUAUCAGCAACAAAAAUUCAAUGUCUGCUGCCAUACACUAACUAAAAAUUUUUGAUAUUUUCAUUAACUUGACUGA